AUGGAAGGAUUCUCUUUCCUCAUCCUUCCACUAUCUCUGGCUCUGACCCAGAAGGAUUUGGCUCGGGACAACGGUCAGGACACUCCUCCGGUCGGCUCUAAACCCAAAGACAAUUCUCCUGUUGGCCCUAAUCCCGCUAGUUCCGCCAACCCAACUGGAGGACCCGCGUUAUCCCUUGAUCAAAUCGUCAAGAACGAGCUCAACAAGACGGGACUCUCCGGCAUUGACAACAACCUGUUGAAAUUUUUGCUCAUCUGUAACCUCAUGGGCAACAGCUCAUCCCUCGGUGAGACCGGCUCAGCGAUGAACUUGGCCUCAAAUUUCCUCAAGUGGCACCAAUUAGGCAAGAAGGUUGCUCCACCUCUUUCCAUUUGUCACCCUACGUGA